AUGGCGUCGCCUCCCUCAGCUCCAGACCCAACCCCUCCUCCUCUCGCGCCCGAUUCGGCUUCUGCGCCCGAGAAAAGCGCGAGGUCUGCUCCAACUGCAAAGCUCCGCAGCUGCGUCGUCUGUCGCAGUCGCAAGGUUCGAUGCGAUAAACUCUCACCCUGCUCCAAUUGUCGCAGGGCUAAUAUUCCCUGUGUCGUUCCGUCCAAUGAUCGUCCACCUAGAUGGGCUCGGCGGUUGGAGCGCUUCAACGGUGAUGCGCAGACCGAGAGUAGGCCGAGUGGUGACCAAGCUCUGGAAAGACUGCAGACUCUUGAGAAUCUGGUCAAAGAAUUGAGGGGUCAGCUCGAGGUUGCUAAUGCUAGCAGUCGGGGGGCUUCUUCUGACGCUGCAUCACCCCCCGAGAACGUCAAAAUUGCAGCUAGUCCGUCCUCAUCAACAGCAUCAGACGUACAGAAGCAUUUCGGUCGCAUGGUUCUCAAAGAUGCCAAUCAAAGACGUUAUAUCGCCAGUGGCUUUUGGUCCCGAAUAAGUGAUGAGCUUGAGGGACUACAGAUGGACACUCGUAGAAUGGGAGAUGAUGGAGCCUCCUCUGAGGACGAUGACUUCCCUGCGUCCACUCCGUCCACGCAAGAACAACACCGAGAACCCGCGGAACGACAUGCAUUCUUAUUCCAAAAUGACAUGUCGCCAUCAUCACUAGGCGGGCAAGACUUUAAUCCCUUGCCAUCUCAAAUUCCAUUCUUGUUGGAUGUAUUUGAAGAGAACAUGAACAUCAUUAUGCACGUAGUGCACAUGCCGAGCAUCAGGAAGAUGGUUCGUUCAUCUCGUGGUUCUAAACCUCAAAUUACUUUCAAGCACCAAGCUCUACUCUUCUCCAUUUACUACGCUGCGAUAACAUCGAUGGAAGAUGAGGAUGUGUUGACCAACUUUGGCGCUACUAAAACAGACCUCAACCUCAAGUUCCGUCGUGGUCUUGAGCAAACCCUUGCAAGAGCAGACUUUCUCAACGACCCAGAUAUAGUUCAUGUCCAGACUUUGACCAUCUUCCUUUCCCUUGCUCGGAGAUAUGAUAGCCCAGUAUACAUAUGGAUGAUGACAGGUCUUCUGAUCCGCAUGGCUCGCUCUGUCGGUUUGCACAGAGACGGUUCCCAAUUUUCACACCUAUCUCCCUUUGAAGUUGAACAGCGGCGUCGGCUCUGGUGGAUGGUUAUAGUUGUUGACAUUCGUGCAUCCGAGGAUCAGGGAACCGAGUUCACAGUCACAGAAGGCAGUUUUGACACUAAGAUGCCUCUCAACAUCAACGACUCCGAUAUUGAACCGGAGACAAAAGAGAUGCCUCCGGAGCGCCAAGGCGUCACGGAUAUGUCGCUGGGUGUGGCCAUGUGCGAGUUGGCUUUUAUGUCAAUGCAGCUGAUGGCUUCUAGCCCUCAAACAGGCGGUACAAGCCUUGAAGAUCAAGCACGGUUACUUGAAUCCCAUCGUUCAAAGCUUGAGGAGGGCUAUGCCAAAUACUCAACCGACCCCGACGACAUUAUUAACUGGGUCGGGGUCGUCGUUACUCGCAUAGUCUUGUCCAAACUGACCCUCCUGGUGUACCUUCCAUCAUUGUUUGCUUCGCCGAGUGAUCAGUUCUCGGAUGAAGUUAGAGACAAAUUACUCACUGCUGCUAUCGAAAUAGCAGAGCAUAACCACGCUCUAAAUGCUGAGACGAGGUGCCGCCAAUGGAGAUGGAUAUACCAAACGUAUACCCAUUGGUAUGCUAUUGUCUGGCUACUGAUUGAGAUUUCCCGCAGGCAGUGGUCACCCACCAUCGAGCGUGCAUGGAUCGCUUUACACAGUCCAUGGUUGAUUCCAUCUCAGAAUAGCAUAACUAAGGAUGUGCGCAUGUGGAUUCCUCUACGGAAGUUGAUGGACAAAGCGAGAAGUCAUCGCGCCUCUCAGCUCGAACAGAUUCGCAAGAACCCAUCGUUGGUGGAAACGUUGGAGAGGAUCGAUGGCUCUCUGCCUAUCCCAGUCAGCCCUGACUCAUCACAGCCACAAAGUCAAUUCCUCGAACAUUGGCGGUCGCUAGUCUGGGAAACGGCGAAGAUGACUCUUGAAACUGAUAGUUCCAACAAUAAUGCUCAAAUCCAUAACAACCAUGGACGACAGCACCUCAAUGCCUCGUCGGACCCUUCGCACUUCAACUCCGGGCAUCGCUCAAGUGGAUUCGACGGCACUGAGCUGAAUACCCCACCAACAAAUUGGGUAAAUAGUCAGCCAAUGGAUACAGGCGUCGGAUCUUGGCUUUGGACUGACCCAAGUCUGGAAACUGAAGCCUUUACUGAUAUAGACAUGAACAUGGAUAUUGAUACGGAUAUCGAUUGGAAUACAUGGCUACAGUCUGCGACUGGCUUGGAAAUGAACGCUGGGAAGCCAAGUCUUACUUGA